AUGGAGAGUCGUGGAAUGAGAGUGAGAGUGAGAGUGAGAGUGAGAGUGGCUUCAAUUGCCUUGGUGGUUGCUCUGCUCUGGAGCGGGGCAUCUGCGUCUGCGGGAGGCAUAACAAUAUAUUGGGGCCAGAUUACUGACGAAGCUUCCCUUGCGCAAACAUGCGCAAGUGGCAACUUCGAAAUUGUCAUUGUCUCGUACUUACUCAUCAAUGGUACUAUCAACUCAGAAACCCCGGAGCUGAACCUGGCGGACCACCCAACGAAUUCUUUGAACGUCGAUAUUAAAUCCUGUCAGUCCAGCGGCGUAAAGGUGUUUCUGUCCCUCGAUGGAGCCGUCGCAAACGCAGACCAUGCGCAGUACCUGUCUAGCUAUCUGUGGGACAACUUUCUUGGAGGGAAUUCGGGCUCCGGGCCUGUAGGAGACGCCAUUGUGGACGGCAUUGACUUUGGAAUCUACGAAGCCACCACACAGCACUGGGAUGAUCUGGCCUUGGCCAUCUCCAAUCUUAGCACCUCCUCAAAGAAGGUCUAUCUCAGCGCUGCUCCGCAGUGCCCCUAUCCAGACGCUUGGCUUGGAACGGCCUUGAAGACGGGGCUGUUCGACUAUGUGUGGAUCCAAUUCUUCAACAACAUUCAGUGUGAGUAUGUCACUGAUGCUACCGAUCUGUUGAGUUCAUGGAACGAGUGGACCAAUUCCAAUUCUGUACACACUGUUCAAACACGGGGCUUCUACCUCGGCCUUGCGGCUGUGCCUGGUUUUACUGGUACCGGCGGCUAUAUUGAGCCAGACAAGCUCAUCUCCGAAGUGCUUCCUCAGAUCAAGGCCUCUUCAAAAUAUGGAGGAGUCACGCUGUGGACCAAGUAUUGGGACGAGCAAACCAAUUAUAGCUCGUCCAUUAAACCGUACGUAAAUAUAAGCGACGCACCUGCUGCAGACAUAGGCAUAUAUUGGGGUCAGAAUACCGAGGAAGCUUCUCUUGGGGAAACCUGCGCAAGCGGCAACUUCAAAAUUGUUGUUGUCUCGUAUUUGCUCAUCAAUGGCACUAUCAAUGCUGAGACCCCGGAGCUGAACCUGGCAGGUCACCCAACGAAUUCGCUGAGCGCCGAUAUUAAAUCCUGCCAGUCCAGCGGCGGCCUGGCUAGCUAUCUGUGGGAAAACUUUCUCGAAGGGAAUUCGGGGUCUGGGCCUGUUGGAGACGCCGUUCUGGACGGCAUUGACUUUGGCGACUACGAAGCAUCUACGGAGCACUGGGACGAUCUGGUCACGGCCAUUUCCAAUCUUAGCACCUCCUCCAACAAGGUCUAUCUCAGUGCUGCCCCGCAGUGCCCCUAUCCCGACCGUUGGCUUGGUAAGGCCUUGCAGACAGGCCUGUUUGACUACGUAUGGAUCCAGUUCUUUAACAACCCUACCUGUGAGUAUGCAGAAAAUGAGACUUCCAAGCUGGUGAGCUCGUGGAACGAGUGGACCGAUUCUGUUCAAACUCUUCAAACACGGGGCUUCUUCCUCGGCCUUCCGGCUGCGCCUGGCUAUGUUUACAGCGGUGGGUAUAUUGAGCCAAACAUACUCACCUCCGACGUGCUUCCUCAGAUCAAGCCCUCUUCAAAAUAUGGAGGAGUCAUGCUGUGGACCAAGUAUUGGGACGAGAAAACCAAUUAUAGUUCAUCUAUUAAACCUGACAUAGUAAUGAAGCCAUCCCCUGUUGACGUGCCUACUUUGGCGUCUGUCUGA